CCUGUUAAUCCAGCUUUUCACUUAUCUCUCUCUUCACACAACAACAAAAAAUGGAGCAAAUUCCAGAACCAAAGCGCCGUAAAAUCCGACAAGUUGUCUUAGACAUCCUUAAAACUGCUGACUUAGAAACAGCAACAGAGUUCAGUGUCAGAACAAAUGCAGCAAACCUGUUAGGUAUACAGAUUUUCGACUUACAAGAAAAACAAUUCAUUAGACGUGUGUUAGAAUCCUUUUUACUCUUGGAUAAUAACAGUAAAAGUAACGGUGAAGCAGUAAAAAGAGGUGAAAAACAAUUGACAGCAAACCUAACUCAACAAGAAGCAAAUGUUUCAUUGCCUAGUGAGCGUUUUGUUGAAUCCUAUCGAUUUAUUUGUAAGCUGUCAGACAAGACGAGAGUCGGUAUUCUUGACAUUCAGGGGAAGCCCUUUGUGUCAAUACGUGACUUUUAUGAAAAAGAUGAAAAGCUGGUUCCUUCUGUCAGAGGAAUUAAUUUGAGUGCUAGGCAAUGGUCAUCAUUCAAGAGUAGCUUCCCGGCUAUUAUGGAAGCCAUUGAAACAAUGGAAUCGAAACUAAGAUCGAAAACUGGUGGAAAUCAGGCUGUGUUGGAGGCGGCUACUCAAGCAAGUGAACAAAGCCAAACCAAUAUUCCACCGUCAGUUGAUCAGCGGGAGGGGCAGAAUAGAAAAGAAAAUGGAGAUGAUAUCUGUAAUUCAGUAACAGCUACGAACUCUCUGGUACAGAUGCCUAUUGAGAGGCGACAAGAAACUGGAUCUGGUAUUUCUAAUUUGUCCCCUUGCUUCGCCCCUCAGAGACAGAUACGACAAAAUUCUCUUACAACAUUCCCUGCCCAGAGCCUUCUUCCCAUUAAGACUACUCGUCUUGACGGGAAAAACUACUAUUGCUGGAAGCAUCAGAUGGAAUUUUCCCUAAAGCAAUUGAAUAUUGCAUAUGUGCUCACUGAGCCUUGCCCGUACAUUCUUGAAAAUCUGGUAUUAGGUACUGACGAAUUUGUGCAAGCGAAAAGGGCUGCGCAAAAAUGGAUUGACGAUGACUACCUUUGCUGUCACAACAUAUUGAGCUCUCUGUCUGACAAACUUUUUGAAGAAUACUCAAAGAAGAAUUACAGUGCCAAAGAACUCUGGCAAGAGCUUAGAGCAACUUAUGACGAGGAUUUUGGAACGAAGAGUUCCGAAGUUAACAAAUAUCUGCAAUUCCAAAUGAUUGAUGGUAUAUCCAUUCUUGAGCAGGUUCAAGAGCUUCACAAGAUUGCCGAUUCUCUCAUGGCAUCAGGAAUCUGGAUAGAUGAGAAUUUCCAUGUUAAUGCUAUUAUUUCAAAACUUCCGCCUUCUUGGAAGGACUGUCGUGCUAGAUUGAUGCAUGAAGAGGUUAUGUCUCUCAACAUGUUAAUGCAUCGUAUAAGAGAGGAAGAAGAUUCCCACAAUCGCUAUAGAAAUGAAAAACGCUCUAACAAAGUUGGAGCAAGGAAAAGGGACCACACUAACAAGCAGUGCUAUAUUUGUGGAAAGGAGGGGCACAUUGCUAAAAACUGCAGAGAAAGAAACUAUCAAGUCUCUGAUAAAAGUAACGUGAAGGAAAGCGAAACCUUUCCUGUUGUCACAGAUGUUAAGAUAAACGGGAAGGCAGAGGAACUUGUAGCGAUGGUUACUGGUGUUAAGAGCAACGGGAAGUCCGAUAAAAUUAGUCCUUUGGUAUCAAAUACAGGCAUGGCAAGGGGACCUUAGAGGAAGCAGCAAAAUUCCAUUUGCAAUCUUUUCCCAGCUAGUGUAUAUUAUUGAGCAAUAGUCAAAUCUUGUUGAUAACAGAUAUGCUUCGAGUGACGAUAGUAGUCAUACUUAGUCCAGA